AUGGCCGACUUGCCAAUCCGGACAGUAGAGCAAGUUGAUAAAGGUGACAUGGAGAAACGCCUCAGGGCUCGCAAAUACGUCCACGCUGACGCCUUGGCGGCUUUCAAUGGCGAGCGGCUGCCGUAUCCCCUAGGACGAGAACUCACCCGUCUCUGCGUUGUCCGAGGGAUCAGGUUCCAUGCGGGCUUCUGCUUCGGCCCAGCUGCCGUUCUCCGCGGGUCGCUGCCGCUCUUUACUCGUGCCCUCAAUGCGCGAACCAUCAUGAGUAACCAGGUCCCUGACAUUGAUCCGGAUCGACCAGAAGACAUACCCUACUGCAUCUGGUAUCCCGACCUACCCGCUGAAGACACCCUCAGGGAGCUUGUUCAACGCUAUCCUGCCAUGGCAUAUCAGGCCGCAAGGACCUGUGCUGUUGCCGGUUAUUUGGAACUCUAUAAGGAACUGGCUACUCAAAUAUUGCCUGAAGUUUCUAUAGCUGAGGAAGCGCGAGAAAGCAGAAACCUUGACAUCUUCAAUCUGAUCAUGGAGGCUCCUUGUCGAUACAAGAUCUUUGACGAUUACAAUCGCACCAUCAACACCACGAACCCGAAGCCCGCCUUCCUAAAUGGUGAUACCGCGAUCCGACCGUACCUGCUGGAGACUCAGAAAUUUGAGCCUCCAAUCGGCCGUAUGGAUGACGAAGAAGGAGAUUCCGAGCCCGAUGAUGAUGAGAUAGAUGAUUGGACCAUGGGCCCUAUACGCGGCUUUAUGCAGACCAUGUUCAACAUUACGGAGGAUAUGAACAUAGAUCUCGACGGGAAUGGUGGCUAUCCAGGUUAUAUAACCCCAGUAGUCCCGAAUGCAGACGACGAGGCAUUAGAGCUUCUCUGCCAACCACUUCCGGUCGACCUGACUACUUGCUACAAAAACCUGCUUAUUCUCAUGGCAGCGUACAACGGCGAUAUCGAUAGAUACUCUCGACUCCGGCGACCCAAGCUCCUUGAGGAGGAGGUUGCAUGCAUUGUCCGCGGCAUCUAUCAUAACACUCUUUUUGCGCAAUGGUGGAAAAGCCAGCCUUUACCCAGGGGUGGAGACCACCGUAUUCGCAUGGCUAUAUCGGCGCGAGGAAUCAUGAACAACGAUCUCUCUUACAUCCUAUCGCCGAACGGAGCCUGCCCCCAACUGAUAUGGUAUCCUGCUGUUGCUGCUUCCUCAACAAACGAGGGUCUAGCUCGAUUGAUUCCUCGCAUGAGGCCCCAUAUUGCUCGUGCUGCCAUCUACGCGAACUACCAAUACAUAUUUGAUAGUUUGAUCGCCGGUAACGACGGUGGUGAUCCUGUCGAGCCGAGCUACAAGCUUCUCAACGAGGCCAAGCGAAGCCACAACGCCCAUUAUCGAGAAACUCUACAGCGUAAGGCGGAGGAACUAGGACUCGACAUAACCCACUACAGAUGGUGGUGGGGCGCUUUUGUGCAAGACUUGCCGCAAUAUGUACACUCCUUCAACACGGAGCUGCCCGCGCGGCUCCCUGGAAUUGGAAAUGCCAGAAGAGAGCACGACUCUAUUUAUAACGAUAUGUCCUGCAACGCUAGCAGUGUUGAGACGUAUAUCUCGAUACCUAAGGAGUGGAGGAGGGCGCCGGAGGGGUGCGAGGUGGCAGAUGGAUAUAUGGAGGUCGACUACAUACACUGGCCUCCGGAAUUUGCAAAGAGAGGUUCAUAG